CUCGAACGGGAAAAGUGCCGCGUUGUUCCGUCGUGUUAACGAGGCCCUUGAAUUUGCCAUUAGGAAUCAGGUUAAAUAGUAUCAGAGAGUUUAUAAAAGUCAUCAAAAAGCAAUUGCAUAUUGGAUAACUAUUAUUCACGAAUAGAAUAUGGACACGGGAGACGUACUUUCCACGACCAUCAGAUGGCAAUAGUGUGAAAACAGUAGGACAGCACAUAGACACCCUGCAACGGUACUGUUUUUCACGGGAAUAUAAUUCCCGUUUUCCAACAAAAUACAUCCAUCUUCUGGGAACAUUUUUGGCCUCAGAGGAGCCCAAUGUGGGUUGAAGUGAAAUGGCAUCCAGGGAAAAGAAACCCUUAGCGUCUUCAAAAUCAAAGCAGAAGGCGAACAAUGACUCUGGUUUGUCAUCAUCACCAAACAAGAGUAAAAAAGGCAAGACACUUCCAGCGUACAUAUUGGAAGCGGUAGCAACAGGUAGUACCAAACUAUCAUCCAAGUUAGAGCCAACCCUGCCACGAAAAAAGCUCACUGCGAGCUUGAAAUGUAAAAAGAAGUUAAAAGCAGCUAAAGCUAAUCUCAUCCAAGUAAAAUCAACGAAUAACGUUCCAGUAAAAAAUUUAAAGAGACUUACGACACCUGCAAGUGGUAAAAGCACUAAGGGUAAUCUUAAUAGGACCAAAAAAACCAAGCCUGUAGCCAAGGCUGUUGGUGAACAAGAAGAGUGUGUGCCUUCGAUUGAUAAAAACACAGAAUCCCUUAUUAGUCAUAUUAAAAAUAGUCCAAAGCCAAUGAAAACAUUUCUAUAUCGAGGUGGAUUUAAAAUUAUUACUCAAGUACCGACUAAAAGAAGUGCCAAAGCAACUAAACUGCCUGGAGGAAAAAAAACUGUGGGUAAAGAGAGUCUUGAAGGAGACUUAACGUACCUGAAGAAUCGUAAGACAAGUCCCUCCAGUGAGGUUAAAUGGUUAAGAGCUAAAAACUCUGUUGACAGUACGAUAGACGACGUUCUCGCCAUGCUUGGUGAUAGUGAACUUGUUGAAUUUUCGGGAGACACCGAAAAACUUGAAGGAAAGGUCACUAGAAGUAAGAAAGUAUUAAUGGACGAGAACGAGAUAAAAAAGGAAGUAACCGAAGUUGAAGAAGAAAAGUCUGAUGAGGAGAGUGUAGAUACUUCAUCAGAGAGUCAAGGCUCAAAUUCAGUGAAAAAGAGAACAAGUCAGAGAAGUUUGAGAAAUGGAAAAUUACGUCAACUAGAGUCUGCCGGUGAAGGUGAGAAAAAAAAUCGACGGUUGAAUGCUGAGGAUACUGUGAGUGAAACUAUAGAUGAUGAGGAACUUUGUGAGUCUUCUUCAAGUGAACAGUCAUUAAAUAUGAAAGAUGAGAGUGGGGAAAACUUGGAUGUUGCUAUGGAGAUUACUGUAGAGUCCGAGAAAAAUAACAAUAGCGAACAAGCAGACAAAAGUGUUGACAGAGGUGAAGAUGCUGGUCCAAAUCUACGUUCAAAGGCAAAAGCUAAAAGCACUGACACUCAAAUUAAAAUUGAGGACAAUGAGCUCGAAGAUACUACUAAAGUUGCGGUGGUAAAAAAUCUUGAAGAACCAAAAAAAUCUUCAAGUCUAGAUCAUAUGAGAAAAGAUAGCUUGUUAGCUAAAUUAACAAGUGAUAAACAACCAAUUAAACGGCGAAGCAGUUUAAAUAUUGAUGUUAAAAAAACCAUGGGCUCAUUGUAUGGUAAUGAAAAAACUGAUGGAACAGCACCUAAAUCACAGAUUGAUCAAAUGAUAGAAAGUAUUAAGCUAACGAUUGCAAAAUCAAUUGAAAGUAAAAUUUUUGGGCCAGGAAAAUCCUUAACACUUGGAAAAAGUUAUGAUAUUCCAGAAAUAGAAGAAAUAGUAGCACCUUUAAGUACAGAAACUCAAAAAAUCAGUUUAGAAGAGAAUGAAAAAGAUGAACCUAAUGUAUCUAAAAAUGAAUCAACCUCUUCGAACACUAGCUCUGAAAAUUCUGUGCCUAAAGUUGCAGAUACUGCCAAAGAGAUCGAGAAGCUAGUCAUGGGUGAGAUAGAAUUGGAAACAAAGAACGCUGAGUCAACCGACACUUCUAAAGAUGAAGUAAGUAAUAAAAAAGAGACAGCAAACAUAACUAAUGAAAAAAUUUCUCCAUCCGAGGCUGAUGCUGAAAAAUUAUUAAACUGUACUUCAUCAAAAGAAAUGUGUAUUGAUGAGGAAAAAGAUUAUUUUAAUGAAAAAGAAAAUACUUCAGACGAACCAUUUAAUUUACUCGCAAGUCUUGAUGAGUCUGAGACAUUAGAAACAAUUUCUAAAGAAGUAGAAAGACUUGUUGCUGAACCAGACAAUACUGUUAAUAAAAAUGAUAAGGCUGAAGAAGAAGAUAAUGAAAUUCAAUCUUCAAACUCUCAAAAUAAAGAAAUAAAUAAUUUUGAUUCUACGUUUGAAAAUUCAAGUGAUAUAAAGGAAGAUUUAAAUAACGAUAAAAAAUCACGAAAUUCGCCUGAAAGCAUCUCAGAUGAAAAUUUGAAAAAAAUUGAUAAAGUUGAAGAUACGAAAAUUGAAAAAGUUAACAAAAGCGAUUUAACAGAUCAUCCAGAAAGUUCAUCCAUUGAAAAAUCUGACAAAACUUCCCCUAAAAAAAUAAAUCAGGAAGAAGAAAUUAAACCAACUGACGAAAAAAAGAAUAAUGGUGAAGAAAGUAAAAGCCCUAAUGAAGAAAGUAAAAGAGUUUUAAGGACGAGAGAUAAACAGAAAAAAGCUGAAAAAGUUUCAAAAACAAUUGAAUUAAAUGAUGGCGUUAAUAAAGUGGAAGAAAAUAAUUCUAAAGCUGAUAAUAUUGAAGAUACUACAGAAAUAAAAGAAACAAAGUCUAAUAAGGAUGAAUCAGAUUCCGUAGUCGUUAAAAUAGAAGAGCCUGAGCCACAAACAAGAACCCGAAGAAGUAGGGAAGUUAAAAAGCGUAAAGAAGAAACUUCACCGUCUCAGACGAGUUUAAAGUCGAAAAGAAAUCGUCGAGAUACUAGAAAAUCAGAUCAGCAAAAGGAAGAAACUUUAUUGGAUAAUGAAGUUGCUACAAUUAAUGAAAAAAAAAGAUCUUUUUCUGUUGAUAAAUUAUCUAAACGUUUAGAUAGCACAAAAAGCCUACGAGCUUUCUCUCCUGGAAAUGUAAACAACAAAGACAAUCGUUCAAAAUCCGAAAAUGACAUUGAAAGUUCACAAGGGAAGACUGAUAGACUUUCUAGAGAUCAAUGUGGAAGUGAUAAGCCAAAGGAAUCGGAAAAUCCUGAGACUCAUUCUGAUGCUGAGAGUAAAUCAAACAACAAAAUAUCAGAAAACUUUUUGAAAGAUUCUGAUGAAGCUUCCACGUCAGGAGAAUCUACCAGUAGUGUCUCUCUUAAAAUUUUAGAAACUCCUGAAGAUAAGGAAAGAAAAGAAUCAAUUCUUCGAUUACUUGGUUUGGAGUCAUUAGAAAAAGCUGCUGAAAGAUUGCAUUAUCAAAAAAUCAAACGUGAACAAUAUACUGGUACUUUGAAGACCAUUAUUAGAGUCAAUAAAGAUAAGGACAAGGAGAAGGAGAAAGAAAAGGAUAAAGACAGAGACAAGAAACAAUCAAGAUCACCUUUGAAGAUGGUUCUCAAACAAGGUCGUAGUGACGGCGAUGGAGACUCACCCGAGUUCUAUACCAUCCAGAAAGAGUUAGGGACCAGUGGCUCGGGAGAUAGCAGUUCUGGUGCGACUCUUAAGUUUUCUACUAACCCAAGACAUCCUUAUUUUAUGAUAUUCGAUGAACUUCAAACUCAACUAGAGAUGAAUCGACCACGUUUAAUAAUUCCUGAGAAAUCUUCAUCCUUUUCUAUUCAUCCAGGAAGACUCUGUGCAGAUGUUUGUUGCUAUUGCUUUGGUAAAUUUGGUUCUUUAGACACACCAAUGCAUUUAGCACAAUUGAAGUCUGAUGAAAGACGAAGAAAGAUCUUAAACAUUGAACGACAUCUCACUAAAGAUUCUUGUCUUUGCGAUGCAUGUUAUCGCCACGUAGACAGAAAGGCAAAUAUGAGCCCUACUAAUUCUGGAUCAAAACCACAAAGAGUUCAUCGACAACUUUUGGUAUCCAAAUGUUAUGUUAAGAAUUGUCGAGGUCCCGCAAGACAUCUCGUGAAAAGACGCUGGCUCCAUAAAAUUAAACCUUGUAUUCAAAAUCGGGUAAACAUUGAUAUUAACUGGGAACCCAGCCAACACACGUCCAUGUCUUUCUGUGUCGAUCACUAUGCUAUAAUUGAAAGAUUCCUAACAUGUUCACUAUGUACACGACGUUUGGCUAGGAAUGCAACGCAUCAAUUACCAGCUGCAGAGACUGAACAGCUCAAUCAUUUACUUGAACAGCAAGGGAUACCGAUCCCUCUUGAAGGUGGAACUUUCGUUUGUAAACUUUGUAGAUACUUUACUCAAAUUCAAUUGAGGUAUAGAAACAUUGAAAAUAUGAACACUAAUCACAAAGUAUUUACUAAAAGUUAUCGAAAACGUAUUUUACAUUACAAUGACAUCGAAGUAUCGGGAGAUGAAGACGAUGAAGAGUCCCAGAGUAUAUCAAAUAAAGACAAACGUAAAAAGUCGAAAGGUAGUGAAUCUAAAAAUAAAAGUAGCUCUUCUAAAUCACCAGAUGAAAAUUCAACUUCAGAAAAAUCUACUCCAGAACCUAUGAAGCUAGAAUCUGUGAUGUCCGGUGCUGAAACUGAAACUCGUGAACUUCCAAAAACUUCUGUAACAAAUGAAGAAAAUACUUCGACGGAACCGCAAAUACUAGAUUUAGAGAGUACUGUCGAAAAGUUAAAGAAACGAAAAGCACUUGAUCAGCAUUUGUAUUCUACAGAUUCUCCUGUGUUCUCUGAUAAUGGUGGAGAUGUUGUAGAAAUAUUAGCAAUGGAUAAAGAAGUUACUUUAACAAGAUUACCAAAACGACCGAGGUUAAAUAAUGAUAUAACACCGGUAGUACAAAGACUUGGAGCAAAUCCAUCUAUCAGCGUACGUACUUUAUUUCCAGGUGAGGAAGAAAUGGGUCUUCAUGCGAAUAUUGAAUUUUCAAAUGUUCGAGAAGUAACUCCUCAGGGAUGGGAAAAAUGUGCGACCAUAAUUCAGUAUGAUCGUGAUACCAAGCUUCUUUGGCAAGAGCUACAAAGGCCGUAUGGUAAUCAGAGUUCUUUUCUACGUCAUCUAAUACUCUUAGAGAAAUAUUAUCGAUCUGGUGAUUUAGUACUGGCUCCUAAUGCAUCUCGAAAUGCAAUUAAUUAUUCUACAUCAGUCCAGAAUCGAUUAAUAUCUUACGAAGGUCCUGAAAAGAUGGAUGAACCCAUCACUGAACCUUUAUCUACGGAGUACAGCAAUUCCCGACGAUUAAGUGGAGGUUUUGUCAUGGAAAGAGACAGGCUUUCUACUCCUAGCACAAGUACAUUAAUAACGACAUCGCCGGUCACUGCUACUCAAACAAAAUCUACAGGAAAUCAGCUCAAUACCAAACAAAACCCCCCUAAGGUUCUUAAAAUUAAUUCCGGAGUUUCCAUUAUUAAGAAGCCACCUCCUAAUCUUCAAAGACUUAAUUUACCAUCGAGUAGUGGCAAUGUCACUGCUACAAAUGGUAGUGCUAAACGAAAAGAUGGAUUUCCAAGUAAAAUCACUUCUACUGGAAAUACAUCAGGAGGAAAGGUUUUUCAAUUAACUGAGCCUGAUUUUCAAAGGCUCAAAAAUCUCAAGAAGCAAAAAAUGUUAAAUGAAAAAAUAACUUCAUCGACUGUGACUAAUUCCACGGCUGUGACUAAUAUGAAUACGACUUUUCAGUAUCAAAAAGCACAAUUAUCACAAACUCAAUUUCAAAAACAUUUGAGGAUGCAACAGGAAAUGUUGAAUCGUCAAAGUCGAGGAGAUUUUGAACCUCUUAUUUGUGAUGUUCGAUCACUCGUCAAUGAAAAUACUCCAGCACAAAAUCUUCUCAAUAAUUUGAAUCUCCCUAAAUCAAUUCAAGUUACAACUAAACCCUCUACCCUUCCCAUACCAAUUUUACCAAAAAUUCCAAAAUCCUUGACAGUGAUACCACAAACUGUUUCUAGGCCUGUUGAUAAGUGACACAGACCACGGAGACCAAAAAUAAUGAAGAAAUCCAAAUGACAAAGAGCUAUUGAUUGUGUAAUUGUACAGAUUGAGACAAUUGAUAAUUUAAUGUUGCAGAUCAAAACAGAUAUUCUACGUUAAGGAGGAAAUCGAAUGUAAGUAAACAUACAACCUCCUGUCUCAUCAUUUUUACUAUUUAAUGUGUAUCAACAUUUGAUAUUCUAUUCUUAAUGCACGAUUAUUGGACUCGUGAUCAACAUAAUGAUAAUUAUUAUUUAAAAAAAAUGACUGAGCAACUGUGACGGGAAUGAUUUAUAAAAUUGUGAAGCUUUGAAUCGAAUUAAUUAAUUAUUGAACAUGAGAAGUGCCUAAUCGUCACAAGAAUAAUAAAGAAAAUGACGAGAAGAUAAAUUCGUCAAUGAUUAAUAGUUUUUAAUAAUCUAUUAAUAUUAUUAAUUAAUUAUCAAUAGUUAUUCUAUUUGCGAAUUUUUUUUUUGUGAAAUGACUUAUUUAAAUACAUAGGCGAUGAAUGUGUAGGUGCAUGGAAAUUCAAAACACCAGUCAUCGUAAUUAA